AUGCCACUGAUGAUGGAGGAAGGCAUUAAUGUCGACGACCUCUUUGGGGAGUCCAAUUCCUUGGAGCUGGGUCUCCAGACUGCUCCCUCGUCCACCAAGGGACUGGCCCAGUGUCUGGAUGAGUUGCGCUUGUCAGGCUGUCGCCAGAAGAUCACCUGGUCCCGCAUGGGAUGUAUUGCCUACGUCUCCCCGGAUGGAGCCCGGGUCAAUGUCCGCCAUCUCCAAUGCCGUCCCGCAGAUGGGAAGUGGGUUUUGAGCGAGGAGUUCUCGCUCGCUGCAGUCACCGAAGCUCAUAGUGGCAGCCAGUUGGUUCAUUUGUCCUGGAAUGAGACCGGGUCGGAGUUGGCCGUGGUAGAUUGCUUGGGCCGAAUUUCUAUCUACUCGAUAUCCAUGGCCCUCAAUAGCAUCACGGGGCUGCGCCAGGCAGCCUUUGACUCGAGUGAUGAUAGCAACCAGGUUGUCGGUAUGAUGUGGCUCAACACUUCUCGCUCCGUCCACGCAUUUCACCAAGCAGCCAAGGUGAACGGGCGAUGGGCAUAUUCCCCCUUCCGACGACGCCCAGUCGGUCCUUUUCACCCUGCCAAUAAAGGCGCACUGGUCUGUGUCACCCGAGCGGGCCAGAUCAAACUCAUGUACCAAAACCCGGAUAGCAAGUGGGCUGAACUGCCUAAUGAGCUCAAGAAUACUGGCUAUUCAGACAGGCUUUUAACACACGCAGCUUUGGUUGCAACUCAAGCUGGAAUCUUGAUUACCACUUACUCCGUGUGCCAGAAGAUCUGUCUAUACCGGGUGCACAUUACCUGGAACCCACCGCAAUGGGACCCAAGUCAGGCCAAACACCCAAAUCAAUUCCCUAUCCCUACCUUCCGUCUGAAUCAUUGCAAGAUCGAUAUGCCGAGCACCAUCUUCAAUGUCAACCACAGUGCUGAACAACAUUCGGACCAGUCAACGCCAUUCCCCAAUUCUGUCUACUCAUUGACCCGACUCGAUAUCAUGCCGGGUCAAGUUGAUAGCCCAGCGGGAUCAACCGCGAGUCCAUGGAUUCUUGCCGUCUUUUCGAAACCUCUUCAUGCCACUGCCGAAUAUCCAGCCCAGCAGGGACCGCCGAGUGUCAUCGCAAGGUGGCACUUAGAGUCUGCACCACAAGCAUUCCACCCCAAAUUUAAUGAGGUCAACUCGAAGAAGAACAGCCCCCAAGCAAAGUCCAAAGUGGAAUUGCGUCGACUUGAAGAUAUCCAUUGCGACAAGUACAUCGUCUCGGUGGACUUGGUCGAACAUGGGACUGCCUUGGCCAUCACCCACGAUGACAGCUCCAUCACAUUCUACGACACAAGGACCAUGGCCGUCUUCAAUGGUCUGGACGACACAAGCACGGUGACAUGUUUGGCCCAAGCGGGCUUCCAAUACCCAAUGGACACACCGGGUCUCUCGAUCAGCUUUUCUCCCAACUCAUGUGCUGCUGUGUCUUUGGACAGCGAGGGUCAAACACAUCUACGAUUAAUGGAGCAUUCGUUUGGAUCGGCAGGCAGUCUCUACGACGAGACGAAGUUCUCCUCGGCUAUCGCUGCAUUGACUCUCGCAUUCAGUCGCGCUUGCGGAGGGGAUGUCAACACCGACGAUGUUCUCAUGGUUGCUCUACGGCAGUUGUCGUCGGACGCUCAAGCCACAUUAAUCAACGAGAUUUUCCGUGCACUGCCUGUCAACUGUAACUUUACUACUGAACAGGAAAAGCUCAUGACACAUCCAUAUAUUCCGCGGUGCUUGAGUUUACAAGCUGCACUGAGCUUCCAAGGGAGGCUCAAGCAGCGUAAUAUUGCUUCAGCAGUGCCUUGGGCGAUUCUGCAGCUUCGUCAUGCCUCUGUUCUAUAUGCAUACUUCUUCCAGCACAACAAGGAAGGGCAAAGCGAGGUACUUGAUCCCGAAAUUCUGCGCAUGAUCCUCGGAAAUACAAAAUGGGCUCUCGAUUUCGACCACUUCAUCCUCAGCGAAAUCUUUGACCUUGCCGAUGAACUCGAAAGUGUCUUCACCGAUCAAGAGGCAUUCACCCAGAAACUAAAAUCUACCAACUCUCUCGCCCUCAUCAUUCUCCUCUCCAGCAUGGCCCGUGCUUUCUUAAAGUUCAUCUGCCGCGGCCUUCGCGGCGUCGCAGCCGGCUUCGCCAAAAUCAACCCCAUAAUCCUAAAUCCCGACUCUCGAGUCUAUUACACCGAAAUCCUCCAACUCCUCCAGUCCUCUCCGGUACGCAUAGACGUAUACGAGAAAUUCCUCUCCGGCGUCGACUCCGCAGUGAAACACGCCUACCAAGGCGCCGGCUUCGGCGAAGCAGAACGGCCGGGCCCUGAAAAAGAACUCCUCAUCAACGCGCGCAUUCCUCCCGUCUUAGUCACUGCGGUGGUUACACUGCUGAGGCAGACGGUGCCGGCUAUGAAGGCCGAGAUUAAUCGCAAAGAUGUCAUUUUGGGCGAUUAUGCUUGGCUUGGAUUUGGAAGUGAUGCGCGUACGGCGUCGUAUCGGAAACAUCGCGAUGUGGAUAUUUUGAAGAAGUUCCCUCUCAGGCCGCCGUUGACUAUUGGAAGGAACGGGAGAGUCGUGCAGCCGCAGAAGAGGAGGAGGUGUGUUAGGUGUUGUGAGGUUUCGGGCGAUACGGUGCUGCCGAGGUCAUUGCCUUAUUUUAAGAUGGUUGCGAAGUUGAAUCUCUUGCGCUGUUGUCCUUGUGGAGGAGUCUGGAUGCUUGAGACGGAGGGUGCGGAUUCUAAUGGGGUUGGUGUAGGGCAGUCUCAUUAG